AUGGAGAUGAAAGUUCAUAUUAUCUCUAGAGAAACCAUUAAGCCGUCUUCUCCAACUCCACACCACCUAAGAACACAUAAGCUUUCCCUUUUUGAUCAGCUAGCGCCUCCUCUUUACAUCCCAAUUCUUCUUUUCUACUCAGCUACUAGUGAAACCAAUCCUAGCAAAAAGUCUGAUCUCCUAAAGGAUUCCCUCUCCAAAAUAUUAACUCACUUCUACCCAUUUGCAGGACGAGUCAAGGAAGGUUGCACUAUCGACUGUAAUGAUGAUGGUGCCGCCUAUGUUGAAGCUCAGGUAGACUCUGACAUGUUCCUGGUCCUUAAAGAACCGGGGAUUGAUCUGCUGCUACAGCUACUCCCUUGCGAACCACUUGAAAAGUUACCUGAACCAAGUGCUCAGGUUAUCCUAGCUGUUCAGGUAAAUUACUUUGCUUGUGGUGGCAUGGCAAUCUGUGUCUGUCUUAGGCAUGUGGUUUCUGAUGCAUCAGCCGCUGCCGGCUUUGUUAAAAGCUGGGCUGCAGUUGCUAGUGGCGUAGAUAUGGUACUCGAUGCUGUGAUUUAUGACUGCACCUCUCUCUUUCCUCCACAAGAUUUAUCAGGCUUAUGGAAGACCAUUGAAAAGAGUCAGAAUGCGCUGCUAGCGGAAGUUGUGACGAAGAGGUUCAUUUUUUAUGGCUCUAAGAUAGCUGCUUUAAGAAAUGAAAUUGGCAAUGGGCUGAGUCUGUAUCGUCCAACACGUGUUGAGGCUCUGUCCUCGCUCAUUUGGAACGCUAUAAUAGCCUGUGACACAGAAGAGGGCGAAAUAGUUCCCAUGCAUGUGGCGACAACUGCUGUGAAUCUACGAAAGAGAAUGAAUCCGCCAUUGCCGCAACUGUGUAUGGGAAACAUCUCCCAUGUAACAAUGGCGAAUUUAUUCAUGGCAAGGACCAAGAGCCGCAACAGCUUAGCGGAAAAAAUCCACGAAUCAAUAUUGAAGAUGGACGAUAAGUUUGUUAGGCAGUUUUUUGGAAGUGGUGCACACUUGAAUGUCAUGAAAAACAUGGCUGCAGAACUUGGAAAGAGUUCAAAAGCACGGUUGUUUAACUUCAGUAGUUGGUGCAGAUUUCCAUUUUAUGAAACUGAUUUUGGAUGGGGAAAGCCUGUUUGGUUUGCAACUGCCCUGAGGCUUAACAAGCUUGCCAUUUUCUUGGACACCAGAGAUGGUAAGGGCAUUGAAGCAUGGAUAGGAUUGACAAAGGAAGAAAUGACAAAGCUUGAACGAGACCCUGGAAUUCUUGCUUAUGCUUCUUUCAAUCCAAGCAUAUGA